AUGUCAUCUUCAUCCCCAAAAUCCACCCCAAUCUUCUCUUUACCCGCCGAGCUCCACUUCCAAAUCCUCUCCUAUCUCCCCUUUACAUCCCACAUCUCCCUCUCUUCAACCCAUCCAUUCUUUAGUACUUUACUUCAAGAUCAAAUCCUUCGCUCCCGUCGGUAUUAUUCCGCCACAUACCCUGGAAUUCAUAUUUUACUAAAGGACUAUACCAUACGUCUCAUAAUCCGCAAUAAUGAUGUUAAAAAUGCAAAGGUUGAGGUGUUACAGUUACAGAAGACUAGACCUACAAUGAGGGGUUCUACGAAGUUGGUCGUAGUGGCUAGUUUAUACUUCUCUACACCCCACUCCCCUCCAUCAUCGUCACCACUAUCACCGUCUUCGUAUCGCAAGGAUUCGAGCUCAAACCCGAAGAAAGGGAGAAUAAAUAUGACUAGCAUUUUAGACGAUUACUGGUUAUGGACGCCCCUAAAGCGGAAUGCACCAGAGGUCCCACCUACAAACAUGGAUCUGAAAAAAUUAGUCGUUCUAUUAAAGAUAAAUACUCCAUCUAUCAUUCCUGCAAAAAAGGAUGAAGAUAAGAGAACAUACUGGAGUACCGAAUAUCCAUUCUGUAUCGCUCGACCCACAAACACCACCGGUUCACCAUCACCACCCGCUCCACCACCAAGAACUACAACUACAACUACAAACUCAAAACAUAAAAGACAGCUUUCAAAUCCAACGCCCUCUCCACCACUAGAACCGGCAACAUUAAAACAAAUUCUAACAUUCAUUUCAAAGAGAGUUAUAAAAGAAAAGGGACUGAAAAACGAAAAGAAAGUAAAGAUUACACUAAGAGUUUGUAAAUUGGGCGGCAGUGAAGGAUAUGUUGGAUUUACGGGUGAAGUCGACGUUGAAGGUGGUGGUAGUACCAGAGGGAAUUUUUUUACCCGGGAAGUCGAGGUCGAGGCUGAUUCUGACGCUGAGGGGGCAGCUGCUGAGAGAGAUGGUAGGCCUACGGCAGAGGCUGAGGCCCAAGCUAGUACUGUGCAGACCAGGGGAAGUACGAGUAGAUGGACGAGGUGGUUCGGGAGGUAA